CAAGAAGUGACCCGCUCCUCUCAUGCACAUGCACUCUGCUGUAGACAUGAUUUACCCUCUGAUUCUCUCUGGGAUUUUAUUUCACAUCUCAGAUGAUUCUGGAAUCAAUGUACUGAAUGUAGGAGUGAAAUCUGGAUCACCUGGCAUUAUUCCAUGUCUAUAUGAUGAAAAACAUAAAGAAAACCGUAAAUAUUGGUGUCAUGGGUUCAUUUGGAGCAGAUGCAGUAUAUUGGCAUAUGCAAAUAAGACAGGAAAAUUUUCCCUCACUGAUUAUCCAAACCAAAGUAUUUUUACAGUGCAGUGGGAGAAUCUGCAGACCUCAGACUCUGGAUAUUACUGGUGUGCUGUGGAGAUCGGUGGCUAUAACAUCCAAGAUGCCGGUUAUUAUUUGUAUCUGACGGUACAAUCAGUUCCUGAUGUGUCUGUGGUGAGCAGCAGUGUAUCUGGACAUGAAGGUGGUGAUAUCAGUGUUCAGUGUCUCUACAGUUCUGGAUAUCAGAAUAAACUCAAACAGUGGUGCAGAAUUAAAGAUAAGAGGUGUUACACAGUGGGGAGGACUAACACAUCCCAGAAUUCAUCAGUCCAGAUCAGUGAUGAUGGGAGAAGAUCCUUCACUGUGCUGAUGACUGGACUGAGACUGACUGAUUCUGGCUGGUACUGCUGUUCUGUAGGAGAUCUGCAAGUUCCUGUUCAACUCACGGUCACUAAACCCAAAAGAGUCCCUGAUGUCUCUCUAGAAGAGCCACAGGUUCCUGUUCUCACUGUGACUGAAACAAAACCAGAAAUUAUGAUCACACAAACUGGCACUGAGGAGAAAAUAUCGCAUGUGGACCGUUUUUGUCUGUCAUAGAAUUAGAAGAAUUUUCUGAAGCAUCAGAUGAUAAUAAAAGUGUUGAUAAAUGUAUAUUCUGUAUUUGCUUUAUGCUUAUUCAACAGACUUUUAUUUAAGAGAGAUUUAAAGGAU